AUCCUAUAUAUUAUCCCCCCAUAGUACAUAUGAUACCAAAAGUUGUAGUAGCGUGUUGCUUAUGUACUUAGUACCACUCUUGAACUGAAACCAGCAUGGUAUCUUCCUGGGAUCUGAUGCACUCUCCAUUCGCUUCGGUAAUGGGGAUAAAUCAUGUACCAUCUAUGGGUGAAAUGCUCAGAUUGAAAGCUUUACUCGCUGUGCCUCGUACAGAGCUCAAUCGAUUAGAAAUGGAGAUCGCUCAAACACAGUCGGUGUUGGAUGGUCUCUUACGCCAAAAAGAGAAAAUAAAGAGCUAUAUUGAAGCUCAUCAAGCUUUGAUGUCUCCAAUACGCCAGAUUCCAUCCGAAACGCUCGCAGAUAUAUUCGUUUGGUGCUUACCAGCAGAUAGAAACGCGGUUCGAAGUCUGAAGGAGGCGCCUUUACUUCUGACCACGAUAUGUCGGAAUUGGAGACAAGUUGCACUUGAUACACCUCGACUUUGGACCUCUUUACAUAUAUUCCUCCCCCCGUCCCUGAGCGACAUUGCUGUUUCUAAACGUGCAAUAGGAGUCAAGACAUGGCUGCAGCGUUCAGGUUCACUCCCACUCUCUAUCUCUUUUCAUGUAAAACCACAGUUCGGUGCCCCUCCUACUACUACAACCACCACGAUGGAUUUUUCCGACAGAUUGAAGCUGUUGAUUCGUACUCUUGUCCCCUUUGGUCACCGGUUCGGUAACCUCUUCCUGUCGCUGCCCUCUACAGAACUGGGAGCAUUUAAUGACUUAUCGAUGUGCCAAUUUCCAAUCCUGCAAUCAUUCCGCGUGCGAGAUGCCAACGUCUUCUGCGGAUCUUUCUAUGCUCCUGGCCCUUGGAACGAUGGGCCAAGCUCGGAGAAUGGGUCUAGGGCCCCCUUUGCACCACUCCUCACUCAGAUGCCAGCUUUGAAGCGACUUGAGGUUGCGGAGAUCAGUGUUAGAGAUGGUGGUCACCUCACUCUACCGCUUAAUUGGGGUCUUUUAACUGAUCUUAACCUGCAAAAUGGCGAUUCAACCACUGAUCAGUGCCACGGAGUGAGGGUCAUUGAAGCAUUUGAUAUUCUUAGGAAGACAUCUAGUUUGCAAAAUCUACAAAUUUGCAUUGUGUUAAUGCUGGACCACCCUUUUGAUAGUACUUCAACAGGGAUGAUACAUCUUCCCCAUCUUGGCUCAAUGCGAAUCAAAUUUAUGCCUUUUCAACCUGAUGAUCAGAGUAUUCCUGCUCAAGUAUCUUCCGUGUUUCAGUACAUCUCCCCACCCUCGCUGAAGCUACUCUCUGUUUCCUGGACCAAUCCUUUCCCAAUGGGUUCAGCAUUGAGCGAAAUACCAUUCCCUACUCUGGAAACACUUGAGAUAGCCAUGGAAAUGACACCCGGGGCGCUAACUGGAUGGCUUUCUAGCGUCCCAGAGCUGACUUCGUUCAAAUUUGAGGAUCUGGGAUGUCCAGCCGGAGCGGAAAGUUUGUUCGCUUUUACCAGUACUUUUCGUAACUCGCAUUUCUUCGCUCUUACCCCCUCUCAUGAUAAUCCUUCUCCGCUAUGUCCGAAGCUGACCUCAUUUCGAAUGAUCAAUCAUCUCUUCCCUACAGAAACUAGGAUCUCGAGCUCAGCUUUGCUUGGGUUUGUACAGGCUCGCGCACCCACACUCAAGACUUUCGAUUUAUUCUUUGACCGGGACCAAUCAUUUGCGGAAAAUGACUUGAUUGAACUGCGGAAGCUGAAGAAAAAUGGCUUUCAGAUGCGUUUGCAUUAUGCAAUAUAUCCCUUACACGAGGAGGAGGACUUACCUUCGGAUGGACUUCACCCUCGGCCUAAUCCCCAACCGCCGUUCAUAGCCAAACGAAAUCAAAUGUCGGAUAUGGAGGGGGUUUUCGGUACUGAUCGUGUAGUAUAAUAUGCAGACUUGCAUAGUGUAACGAGUUU